CUAUGGGAUUUCAAGAGCCAUCAUUAUUCUUCACCUUCACUCUUUUUCUAAUAGUUUCCCUCUUCCCUUUAAUCUCAUCUUCUCACCCAAAACCUAUGGAUGGAUUGGUGUUUCUAAAAAACCUUAAUGGAUGCAAGAAAGGGGAUAAAGUGGAAGGAAUUCACCUAAUGAAGAAAUACCUUCAACAUUUUGGCUACAUGAAUAAUGAUGUUCAUAUUCAUUCUAAAUCUAGUGAUGAUGAGUUUGAUGAGAUCCUAGAGUUUGCCGUCAAAACUUACCAAAUCAACUACAAUCUUAAGGCCACGGGAACUCUCGACAACUCGACGAUAAGUCAAAUGUCAAAACCUCGAUGUGGGGUUGCAGAUAUUAUCAACGGAAGGACGGGGAUGAAAUCAGGCAAGAGAUUGGUGAACCGACAUAGAAAAAUAAUUGGUCAUUUCCAUGAAGUUUCCCACUUUGCUUUCUUUGAAGGAAACCUUAAAUGGCCAAAUUCAAAAUCUCACCUUACUUACGGAUUCCUCCCCGGAACUCCGUCAGAGGCGAUAAGUCCAGUGAAUCGAGCAUUUACGACAUGGGCUGCGAACACUCACUUCAGCUUCUCCCAAGAAUCAAAUUAUGAAAAUGCAGACAUCAAAGUAAGUUUUGAAAGAGGUGACCAUGGAGAUGGCUUUCCCUUUGAUAGUGUUGGAGGAGUGUUAGCCCAUGCUUUUGCCCCCACAGAUGGGCGAUUACAUUUCGACGCAGUCGAGCAUUGGGCCGAUGGUGCCGUUCCUAAUUCUUACGAUAUGGAGACGGUGGCGCUGCAUGAGAUCGGACACCUUCUCGGCCUUCAUCACAGCUCGGUGGAAGGAGCCAUUAUGUGGCCAUCCAUCAUGGGAGGAACUACCAAGGGUUUACAUGCCGAUGAUAUUGAAGGGAUUAAGGUUUUAUAUACUACUUCUUGAGUAGUAGUAUUGAGUCUAACUUAAUUUGUAUUACACUUCUAAACUAUAUUACCAAUAAUUCUUUUUUCCUCACUAAUAAUAAUCCACACAUACAUACAUACAUACAGGACAUUUCAUUUGUUGUAAUAAGAGAUGUGAAGCUUUAUUUUUAUAGUU